CAGGUACAGUAUAUACUGCUAAAGCUGUUGAACUUUCCAAGGGCCAGAUGUAUGGUGACAGCACAGAUGGAGUCACACCAUCUUCUGUACCCACAUCUCCUCAAUAGCAGGCAUAUAAGACUUAAAAUGUACGAGGACAUGAUAACAACAUCACCUGUGCCACACAUCAAGAUCCAGGACAUCAAGGACAUUUUCAUGAAAUGUUGAAGACCAUUUGUAAGCCUGCCCCUUUCGACUACGAUGAGGAGGCCAUCAGAGAACGAGAGGCUUGCAAUUACUCUCAAAAGAUUACCCUGGAGAUGGCCCGGGCAGGGAAGGCACCCCGGGCCAUACGAGUCUAUGCAGAUGGUAUCUAUGACCUCUUUCACCAGGGUCAUGCCAGGCAGCUCAUGCAAGCCAAGAAUCUCUUUCCAAAUGUUUACCUCAUAGUGGGAGUGAAUAGUGAUGCCAUGACUCAUGAGAGGAAAGGAAGGACGGUAAUGACAGAGGAUGAGCGUUAUGAGGCUGUGAGACAUUGUCGCUAUGUGGACGAAGUUAUCACGGCGUGCCCCUGGACCCUGGAUGAUGAGUUCCUUGAAAAGCACAAGAUUGAUUUUGUUGCUCAUGAUGACAUCCCUUACACAACUGGCAGCGCCACCGACGUCUAUGCACACAUAAAGGCUCGGGGAAUGUUUGUGUCAACAGAGCGCACAGAGGGUGUGUCCACCAGUGACGUGGUGUCCCGUAUUGUGAAGGACUACGAUGUCUAUGUGAGAAGAAACCUUGCACGUGGUUAUAGUGCCAAGGAGCUCAAUGUGUCUUACAUCAACGAAAAGAAAUAUCGUCUGCAAAAUAAAAUUGAUGACCUGAAGAAAAAAGGAAAGGAAAUGUUUGAAGACAUUGAAGGCAAGCGAACAGAUCUCAUCAUGAAAUGGGAGGAGAAGAGUCGGGAGUUCAUUGAUGCUUUCCUUAUGCUCUUUGGUAGGGACGGUCGCCUCACACAAUACCUCACAGAGAAAAAGGACUCAGUUAUGAUGGCUCUGUCACCACCAUCCUCACCCAAAGCUGGUAGUCAGUCUUCAGAAGAUUGUAGCAGUCCUCCAGCAAAAACUUCCCGAUUUGAUUUUUCUGGCCGUGCUGGGGCAUCACUGGUGGAUGAUGAUUAUUCUGACGAUGACGAUGAAGAACCUGAGAGCCAUUGAGACACCGACAUCAUCUUAUCCUUGACCACUCUUCCUGCACACCCAAGUAGCCAGUAAAUCUAGAAUUGCUAGAUUACUUCAUUGUAGUGGAUUUUGAUGUGGACAUAGACCCCUGAACUGCCAUUCUCUUCAGGGCAUUUUAUAAUUCAGUUGUGUGAGGACAAGUGAGUUUUAGCUUUACAGAUGGUUGGUUGGUCAUCCCCCUCACCCUCUGUUUACGUAGUUAAUCUAAUGACUAUCAAGUGUUCUUAUUCUGUAGAACAGUAAUCUUCUGGUUCUUGUUGUUAUAUUCUAGUUUCAUUAGUUACAUUGUUUUUUUUUAUCAUUAAUUCCCACAAUCAUUUGAUAAGCAUAUGCAUGCUAGUUAUAUUAACAAACACUUACACCUGGAGCAAGUGUUGAAAGUGAAGGAAAAAUUCACGCCUUAGAAAUUAUAUGAUUAAUAAAAAUAAUGUUUUAAAUCCAAAUAGAGAGAAUCUGAAUCAAAGAAGAGACUUGGAAGAAUUGUUUGAGAUUCAGGAGUAAUUACAUUAAAGUAUUCAUGAUGAGAGAUCAAGUCAUAUUUAAUAAUUACAACUGUUAAUGAUAUAAAGAUAAUGCCAAACAUAGGAGAUGAGUGGCACAACCUAAGAUGGAAAUGUUAAUCCAUUCCCCAAGUUCAAUAAGUGAUGCUGAAACAAGUAAGAAAAAACAAAUUUAAAUCCUUUGAAUAAAGAAAAUAAUUUUCUUAAAAUGAAGAAUUGAUUUCUUAAGGUAAUGCAUAAAGGAGAAGUAUUUCACACAAAUGCUAUUGAUAAAAUUAAGAUGGAUAAAAGUAGAUAAUGUAAUGAUAAUUCAAGCCCAUUGUGCUAACAUAAAAAAAUGAAUGGACAUACAUAAUAGCUACAUACGCUUUCUGGUAAUACCAAAUAUAGAAUAUACAUACUUCCUUUAAGUCUCAUAUAGAUUUUAUGUAUUUUUAUCUUUGUAUAUGAAUGUAAAUAUUUCCUUUUCUCACACUGACUGGGUGAAGUUGUCUGUGGUGAACCACAACUAUUUUGUUAACAGCUAUGCCUUAUGAAGGCUUUCUUAUUUUUAUUGUUUAAUAUAAAAAUAAUAUAUUUUAAUGGCCAGUUAGUCAUUUUAGGAUAGUUUUUUUGCUUGGUGUAUGAAUUUUUCCAGUUUAUAAGUGGGAUGAAUGGGCAAUUAUGAUGAAAUAUAUAUAUAUUGCAACUGUCUAAA